CUUCGAUAUCACCCCCGCCUGCAAUUUUACAGUAGCAGUAAUGGUGAUUACCAACUUCAAUGGAGCUGGGGUUGGCUUUGGAUUUGGCGUUGGCUGCGGUUUUGGGGUUGGCUGGGGUUUCGGAGGCACACCUUUGAAUUUCUUGGGUCUUGGUCUAGGUGGAGGCUGUGGUGUUGGACUAGGUCUUGGAUGGGGCUUUGGCACUGGAUAUGGUAGUCAGUAUCAUUCUUCUGGGGUCACAUUUCAUGGUAUAGAGGUUGGGAAAAAGGAUCAGAAACAGAAAACCAAUAAGGACGUUCAUGCUUCGCAAUAACCUCACCUCUGCUAAUUUUGCAGUAGGUGUCUGAAUUCAUAACCUCCGCCGGGUAAAUGUUGCAUUUCUGGCAGCACCCUAAAGUUGCAGUCUUCAUGUCAGCACAAGCCACUGUGACUAAGAAGAUGGUCAACUAGCAUCUAGUCAGUUUGCUCUCAAAUUAUAUGUAGAGAAAUCUUAAAACUGGAGGAUGGAGAUUCUUCUGGUGUUCAGUAUUCAUUUGAUUCUUCUUCAUGUAACUUG